CGACAGACGGCCACACUCGUCGUCACCUCGGCCCUCCUCCGAGCCAUCGCGAGUACCAUCCAACCAUGGCAGCUUCCGACAUCGGCAUUCUGUCUGUCAAGAUCCUCGGUGCAAAGGAACUCAAGCCCGGAGAUUGGCGGCCGUACUGCAAGCUGACGUACGACAAGCAAAAGGUGAAGACAAAGGCGUCGGACGAUGCAACCAACCCGAGCUGGAACGCGUCGUUCAAGUUUGACGUGACGUCGUCGGUGGGCGAGCUGCAGGUCUCGGUGUGGGACAAGAGCACCAAGACGUUCCUCGGUCAUGUCAAGAUCCGGCUGUCGAGCCUGGAGGCCGGGCGCGAGCACAAGCAGUGGUUCAAGCUCAUCCCGCAGCAGUGGAAGGACAAGGUCAAGGGCUCUGUGCACCUUGCAGUCGAGUACACCUGCCAGCCGGCGGGCGACGCCAAACUCUCGGUCGACGCGUUUGACCUGCUCAAGGUCCUGGGCAAAGGCUCGUUUGGCAAGGUCAUGCUGGUGCGCAAGAAGGAUACUGGCAACCUGUACGCGAUGAAGACACUCAACAAGGAGGUCAUCAUCGCGCGCGACGAGGUCGAGCACACCCGAGCCGAGCAGCGGGUCCUCGGCCAGGUCAACCAUCCAUUUAUUGUCGGCCUCAAGUUCUCGUUCCAGACCGACACUAAGCUCUACCUCAUCCUCGACUACGUCAACGGCGGCGAGCUCUUUUUCCAUCUGCAGAACGAAGUCAAGUUUGCGCCUGCUCGCUGCCAGUUCUACGCUGCCGAGCUCACGCUCGCCCUCGACUACCUGCACGCCCUCGACGUCGUCUACCGCGACCUCAAGCCCGAGAACAUCCUCAUCGCCAAUGACGGCCACCUGUGCAUCACCGACUUUGGCCUGGUCAAGGAGAACAUGGCCGAGGGCGACACCACCUCGACGUUCUGCGGCACCGCAGAGUACCUCGCGCCCGAGAUCCUCAAGGGCGAGGGCUACGGGAAGGAAGUCGACUGGUGGUCGCUUGGCGUCCUCCUCUUUGAAAUGCUCACCGGCCUCCCGCCGUUCUACUCCAACGACACCAACACGAUGUACCGCAAGAUCCUGUACUCGGACCUGGUCUUCCCUGACGACAUCCCGGACGUCACGCAGGACUUUAUCCGCAAGCUCCUCGACCGCACGCCUGCCAACCGCCUCGGCGCUGGCGACGGCGGCGGCGAGGCCAUCAAGUCGCACCCAUACUUUGCCAACAUCAACUGGACCAAGCUCGUCGCAAAGAACAUCACUCCGCCCUGGACCCCCGACGUCAAGGGUGAGGAUGACUCGUCGCUCUUUGAUCCCACCUUUACUGACAUGCCCGUCGUCGAUUCGUAUGUUGAGCCGUCUGGCGCGCUCGCCGACGCCGCCAAGGGCGCCUUUGAGGGCUUUACCUAUCAGGCCGACUCGGCGCUCCGCUAGUGUACAGUGCACAGCCACUCACACAGCCACUCACAUCCAGCCACUCG